GGUUUUUGAAGCACGGUUGGAAGUAAAUCUUUACUUAUUAAUAAAGAAAAAUGGCCAGUGUUCAAUCUUCCGAUUCUUUCGAUAUAAAUAGUGAUAAUUACACUGUGGUGAAACUAGAUAAUGGGGAAUUGCUGCAAUCUGAAGAUGGCAAUAUUUUCGUUCAAAAUCGUUUUACUGGAAACCUUUGUACAAUCAAACCCACAAAUAUUGUGUUGAAUGAAUUUAACAUUACCCUGUCGGAGAAAGAGGAUACUGACGAUAUAGAGCAAUGCCAAUCUGCACCAUCUUUAGCCAUUGACCACGUAGAACCCGUUGCAUCAUUAUCCACCAACCCGAACAAUCAACCAUGUGAUGGAAAUGUCCCAAAUAAAAGAGGAAAAUGGUCCAAAAAUGCAAUUUUAAUGCUGAUAAAUUUAAGAAUUGAACAUAAUACUGAUUUUACUUCCACCACACAGAAAAAUGAUGUUACAUGGAAACUAAUAUCAAAUAAAAUGAAAGCAAAUGGUUUUGAAAUGACACCCACGCAAUGCAAUGAUAAGUGGCGCUAUUUGAAAGGAAAGUAUACGGCAGCGAAAGACAAUCGGGGAGACAAAGGAUCUGGACAAGAACCAGUUGAUUUUCCAUAUUAUCAAAUAAUGGACGAGUUUCUUGGAAAAAAACACAAUAUAAAACCUAUUGCGGUUGCCUCUUCAAUAAGAGGAGACACAGUGCCAAAUGAAAAUGCAGCAGGUUCCACGGAUGCAUUGCAAGAAGAUGGCGAUCAGGAUGUUUCAAAUGAAGCAUCCUUGGAGGCACCAAGGAAAAAAAUGAAGAUGGAAAUUGUCCCAAGAGUAAAGCAGAAUAAAACUGGACUUUGUUCUGUUUGGGAUGAGAUGAAAAAUUCUCGAGGAGCAAGGGAACAAAGCAAAGAACGCAGGCAUCAAGAGUUAUUAAAUGUUAGAAAUCGAGCAAUUGAUGUUUUUUCCGAAAAAAUGGACCAAUUUAUUGAAAAAUGUACUAAAUAAUUCAGUUGACUGGACAGACAGCCCAGACAACCCCCAAAAGUUGAAAAUUCCAGCCAAGAAAACUAGUCACUGACAGAAUGGAAUUAUUCGUUGAUAAACCACAGCCGCAGCAGGGCAACGAAGUCAUGGCAGCUGAAUAGAGAAUUAAAUACGAGCAUCGUUAAACUAUCGUUGAAAUUUGUUCAAUUAUUUUAUGCCUGUGGGGUUUUUUCCGUUUUUUUUUUCACUUUUGCGUGAUCUUCAAUAAUAAAUAAAAAAUUGAUAUUUAAUUCAUCUCUCAAUCAUCUCAAAUUGAAAAUAUAUUCUAUAAGAAAUAUGUCUUCCAUAUAGGAAAAACAACUCUAUAAUCUAUUCCUAUUCACAAAUAUUAAAAUCAUGAUAGAUUUAAAUAAAUAGAUGAAUGAUUUGCUUUCCAACAUCUACUAAUUAUGAUGAUACAGAAAGU